AUGGAUGGAAAUUAUAAAAAUGAGGAUGAGGAAAAGGGGGAUUUAGAAAAUUAUGGUGCAAAUAAUUUUAUAUUAAAUAAAAUGAAUAGUUUGGAUAGUAAAACUAGAACAGUUAAUAAUGAAAUGAGAAAUAAGGAUGAAGAAAAAUUGUAUUAUCAUAGUUCAAAUAUUUCCAAUAUAAUGUAUAAUAAUUAUAGAAAUUUAAACAAUGAUUUAUUAAAAAGAUCUGAUAAAUUUAAUAAGUUAGUUGAUUCAAAUUAUAAUAGUAUAUUUCAUAAUAGAAGUGCUGACAAUCAUAGUGUUAAUCAAAAUGAUCAUGAGCAUAUUAAUACGAGUAAUAUAUAUAAUAAUAUGAAUAUAUAUAAUAAUGGAUAUAUAUAUAAUAAAAAGAGUGCUGCGAAAAAUGAUAGUAUGUCUAAUAAUAAUCUGGUACGUAAUUAUUAUGAUGGAUUAUAUCCUUUCCUUAAUAAUUAUAAAGAAGAAGAAUGUAGUAUGAAUUAUUCAAAUGUACAAGAAUAUUCUGAACAAUAUAAAAUGAAUAAUAAUAUUAAUAUUGAUUCUUCUUCUCUUUGUGAAAAUAAUACUUCUUUUCAAUGUUCUAAUAUUAAUAAAAAUAAAAAUUCGAAUACUACCUUUCCAAAUUCAGAGGAAAAUAAAACUAAUAAAAAUCAUAGUAAUAAUAUAAUGAACCAUCUAUUUCAUAUGAAACCGCAUUGUAAUUUAAAAGAUAAAGUUGAUAUACAUAAUGAAAAUUAUAAUAAUGAGGAGAAUAAUUCUAGUAAUUCUACUCUUCCAACUAGCGAAAAUUCAUCUAAUUUUUUUAAUACUGAACAUGUUAAUAAUAAUGAGAUGAAUAUUAAUGAUGGUAAUGUUGUUCUUGGAAAUGUGAGUAAUGAUCGUGCCAGUGAUGGAGUAAAAAAAAAAAAGAAUAAAGAGAAUAAAAAGGAUAAUACUAAUAAUAACCGAGAAUGUAAUGAUAAGGAUACGAAUAAUGUGACGAAUAAUAAUGAAAGUAAUCAGGAUAUUACUUUGGAAACAAGUAGUAAUGAGAAAGGAAACAAUAGUUCUAAGAAAAAUAAGAAAAAGAAUAAAAAGAAGAAAAAUAUAAAUAAGAAAGGUAAUAGUAAUAAUAAUAAUAAUGAGAAUAAUGAAAAUAUUGAUAAUAAUGAAAAUAUUGAUAAUAAUGAAAAUAUUGAUAGUAAUAAUAAUAACCAGCUCAUUAAUGAGAAUAAGAACAGUGGUGCUAUUAUUAAUAAUGAUGAUAAUAAUAAUAAUAAUAAUAAUAAUAAAUGGAAGGAAAAUCAAAAUAAUAUAACGAAUCAUCCAAAUUCUGUAAAUAGUUCAUCCACAAAAAUUUGCAGUAAUAUAUACAGUGUUAAUGAUAUAGGACAAAGUAAUUUAAUAAGUGAAAGGUAUUGUACAAAUAACAAAUAUUUUAAUAGUACUUUCUUAAAUUAUGUUCAUAAUAAAAAUAAUAGUAAGGAUACGUUUAAUACAUAUGAAAGAAAUAAUGUUUUAAAUUCUAAGAUAGAAAACAAUAUUGAAAAGAUACCACACAUAAAUAAUGAAUAUACAAAUAAAAAUCCUAAGAAUUGUUUGUUAUAUAAAAAUGAGGAAACAAAUUAUAAUGAUAAUAAUAUAAAAGAUUAUAUAAAUAGCAUGAAUUUUAAAAAGAAUGAUUUUAAUAUAUCAACAGAUAUGAACAAUACUAAUGUUAGUAAUAAUAGUAUUAAUGAAAUGAAAAACGGUUGUUUAAUUAAUGAUAAUAACAUAGGCACAAAUAAUAUAUUAAAUACAAAUAAUAUUGUAAGAAAUGAAAAGGAAGAAAAUUAUACAAAUUCUAAGUAUUAUAAUCAUUUUAAGAAUAUAAAUGUAUUACCAAAUCAUAUACAUGAUCAGCAUAAAAUAUUAAUGAAGGACGAAAAAAAUAUAUCGGACAAUCUAAAUAUAAAUAAUUCUGAGUAUGAUAUUGACUCUAACAUUAGAAUGGAUGUAAAUAUGUUUCAUAUACAGAAAACAUUAGAUUUUACUAUUCCAAAAAAUUUAAAUGAUAAUCUAAAGGCGUGCCCAACUAAUAUUUCUAAUAUGAAAAAUGAUUGGUGUAAUAGUAAUCAUAAACCCGAAGAAAUGAAUUUAAAUGAUUACAAUUUUAAUAAUAAUUAUAAGGGUAAUAUUAAUUUAUCUCGUACGAAUGAAAAUGUUAAUGGUGAUGAUAUGAAGAGUAUUAAUAUUCCUUUAGAAAUGUAUAAUAUGAAAAAUAAUAUAAAUACGAAACAAAAUAAUAAUGAAAUAACUAAUGAAUAUAAUUAUUAUAUAAAGGAUAAUAUGAAGAGAAAUGUAAUUAAUAAAAAUACACACAUAAAAAAUAGUGGUUUGGAAAAUAUUAUGCCACAUGUAUCAUAUAAAAUUAAUGAAAAUUAUUAUCUUCAAAUGAAUAAUCAAGAUAAUAAUUUUAUUCCUUUACCUCAUAAUAAAUCAUAUAACAAUAUUGUUUCCAGUAAUAAUAAUGCUAUGGUAUAUCCUGUUGAUUUAAAUUUUUUAAAUAAUAAUAAUAAUAAUACUUUGAAAAAUAAUUUAAAUCAUUUUAUUAACAUGAAUGCAUCACGUAAUCAAGCGUAUAAGAAUAAUAAUGAUAAUGAAAAUGAUUAUUUAAUGAAAGGUGGUUAUAACAAUUUUCAAUGUUCUAAUGAAAAUAAUAAUGAACAGCACAUUACAGUAGAUAAUACAUGUAUGGAUAAAGAAAUUUUAUUUUCUCAUCAAAAUAUGAGAGAAAAAAAUACAAUACAUGAAGAUAAAAAUAUGAUUACAACUAACUCAAAUACAAGAGGAUUAAUGAAUUAUAUGAAUCAUUUAAAUGAUUUAACUUGUAAUAAUCUUAUGGAUAAUAAUUAUAUUGGUGAAAAUGAGAAUUUUAAUGAUAAGGGUAAUUCAAAUGUUUGUGUUUCUUUAAAUAAAGAUAUGAUAUACACAAACGAUGUUGAAAUAAUCCAGAACAUACCCUAUAAAAAAGAAAUAUAUGAUUCUAUCCAAGAGGAUGAUUAUUUUAAUGAUAAAGCAAAACAAUCUGAUCAGUUGUUAAGUUAUGGUGAUAUAUAUACAAAUGAUGCUAAUAAUAAUGAUGGAGCAACAACGACUACUACAGAUAAUGCUAGCGAAAAGAAUGUUAUAAAUCAUAAUAAUAUAUAUGAUACUAAUUUGAAUGUUGAACAUAAUAAGGGGGAAGAUAGUAGUAACACCAAAAAUAACAAUUCAAAAAAUUUUAAUAAUAAUAAUAAGAAGAAGAAUAAAAAUAAGAAUAAAAAUAAAAAUAAGGAUAAGCAUAAAAAAAAUAAUAAUCAAGAAAAUAGUGUAAAUUCAAAAAGCUCAAAUAGUAAUAAUACAAUUAACGAAAACAUUGAAGAAAGUAAUAUAAAUGAUAGUAAUAAUAUAAUAACGAAAAGCGAAAAGGAACAAAACAAAAAGAAACAAAAUAAGAAUGAACAAGUUAAAUUGAACAAUAAUAAUAAUGAUAAUAAUAAAAUUAAUGUAAAAGAAGAAGAUCAGAUUACACAUAAGAUUAAUAAUAUAAACCCUCCUAGUUCUGAUAUAAAUUCUAGAAAGAAUGACGAAAAAUAUGUGAAUGGCUCAAAUGGUCUUGAGAAUUCAAAUGUGUUUGAAAAUUUCAAUGAAUUUGAUUAUAAUGAAAAGUUAAAUAGAAUGGUUAAUAAUGUGGUUCAUGAGGAUUAUAACAUGAAUGAUUUUAAAGAUAAUACUGUUGAAUGUAAAAGAGAUAUGUAUACUCAAAAUUGUAAUACAGAACCAUUAAAUUUGUAUGAUAUAAAAUUUGGUAAUAAUAAUUAUGAGAAUGAAAUAUUAUGUAAUAAAGGAACUUCUAAAAAUAAAAAAUUUAUAAAAUUUCCAUCGUGUAAUUUGUUUAACAAUAAAUUGAAUGAUUUUAUAAAUAAUUCAUUUGGUGAUAAUAAUAUAUUUCCAGUUAAAGAAUAUAACAAUUUUGUUAAUUAUUCAGAAGCUUUUAAUAAUAAAAAGAAUGAAAAUAAAUAUUUUGGAAAUUUUGAUAAUCCGAAUGAUUUCAAUAUUUGUUGGAAUGAUGAAUCAAGUACAGGUGUGAAUAGAAAUAUAAAUACAUUUAGGAGUGGAACAGAUGAUGAGGAGCAAGUAUUCAAAACUACAAAGAAUAAUAUAAAUAAUAUGAAUAAUAUGAAUAAUAUAAAUAAUAUGAAUAAUAUAAAUAAUAUGAAUAAUAUGAAUAAUAUGAAUAAUGUAAAUAAUAUGAAUAAUAUGAAUAAUAUAAAUAAUAUGAAUAAUGUAAAUAAUAUGAAUAAUAUAAAUAAUAUGAAUAAUGUAAAUAGUAACAAUAGUAAUAAUAAUGAUGAAAGAAAUAGCACACAUCGUACUAUUAGCAUGAAUCUUAAUAAGAAUAUGAAGAAAUCACAUAGUCUUAAUAAUGACAAAAGAGAUGAAUUUUAUAUGCAGAUGGAAAAUAGUAUGUUAGAUGAAAAUGAAGAAGAUUUAAAUUUACUUAGCUCACGGGAAAGAGAAAAUAGAAUGAAUAAUUUAAUUUUGAAUUAUAAUAAUAAGAACAAUUUAAAUAAUGAUUAUAUUUUAGGAAGUCAAGAAUAUAUAAAUGAUUUGAAAAAUGAAUUUCCUACACAUACGAAUAGUAGAUUUAGAAUUUUUAAGACUAACGAUGAGAAUGUUCAGUACCCAUCUGGAAAUACUGAGCCUAUACAUGGUAUCAUGAAUAGUAAUGAAAAAGGAGUAUUUAAUGUUGAUGAGGAAUAUAAUGUUUAUGAGAGUAUGGAGAAGAUUGAAUCAUAUGUUGGCAAUUUAAAAAGAUUUGAGAAAGAAAAAAGGGUUUAUGGUAUGAAUAACACGAAUAUGAAGAUGAAUGAUGAUUUUAAGGCAUAUGGCUUGGAUAAUAAUAUGAAUGAUGUGAAUAAUAUAAAUGGUGUGAAUAAUAUAAAUGGUGUGAAUAAUAUAAAUGGUGUGAAUAAUAUAAUUGGUGUGAAUAAUAUAAAUGGUGUGAAUAAUAUAAAUGGUGUGAAUAAUAUAAAUGGUGUGAAUAAUACGAUGAAGAAUGUUUUAGAGCAUAAUAGAAUGAAAGAACAAGAAAAUAUAUACAACAGUAACAUGAAUGGUACUGAAAAUAAUAUGGAUAUGAUGUUAAAUAAUAAUGAAGAUAUGGUAGGGUAUUCAAACAGAUUUGUUGGUGAAAAUAGUAUGAAUGAAAAAAUAAGUGAAUUACAAAAUAUUAUUAAUAGCUUGAAAUUUAAAAAUAAACAAUUAGAAAAAGAAUUAAAUGAUGUAAAAAAUAUGCAUUUAAAAAAGAAGCAAUCAGUUAUAUUAAAUAGUUUAGGUAAUAAAAAUGAUGAUAUAAAUACAUAUUCUUCUUGUAAAGAUGAUAUGAACAAUUCUGAUGAUGAAGAAAGUGUUGAUAAUUCUAAUAAGUAUGUACAAAAUAUUUUAAAUGAUAAAGAAAAGUAUAAUUACGAUACAAAAAUAUCUAUACAAAAGUUUCAUUUAGCAUAUACAAAUAAUUCAAUAGGAAAAUUAAAAAUUGCAGCACAAAGAGAUAUAAGUGGUUCAUUUAUGGGGCCAAAGGGAAUACAUGUAAAAACUAUAAAAUCAUCUUUACAUAUAUCAGUUUAUAAAAGUGCUAAAGAUGUAUGGUUUCCAGGUUUUGCGGAUAGUCAUGUGUUUUUAUUAAAAGGUAAUAUAUUUGGUAUUUUAAGAGCAUGCCAAUUAUUAUAUCAUUAUGUAAAAUCUAAAAUGUCAUCAUCAAAAUGCUGUAUAUAUUUAGUUGCUCCUUUUGAAUGUGUACAAAAAUUAUUAGCUGAUGGAUGUAAAAGAAUGGCUAUUAUUAAAGAAGAAUGUGGAGCUGAUGUUCGUUUAGGAAAUUUGUAUGUACAAGUUCAUGAAGGAUUCACUGAAAGAUUAAUGGAAAUAAGAGGAAAUGAAGUUAGUGUUGAUUGUGCAUUAGAGAAAUUAGUUAUUUUUAUGCAGUCCUGUUUUUCUGUGCAAUCAUAUGAUUACGAAAUAUUAAAAUAUCCUUGCCGUUCCGUUUUAAACUUGCAGUGA